CACACACACACACACACACACACAGAGUGAAAAUAGUACCAGGCACACUGUUGCUGCUGAUAAAUAUGUUGAUUUCCUGUUUCUCUCUUAUGCUCAAUGACACAAAUACUUGGACAGAUCGAUCUUAUCAGUAGUACAGUACCAGAACACUUUCAUCAGGAAAGAGAUGUCUCAGAAUCGGAUAUCAAAAAAAUCUUUAUUGAUCCUGAUCCACGUGGCAGAUAGAUCUAACUGGAUUAGUUGCUCUCACUCUGUAGCUGACUGAAUUGCGUUCACUGUAUAGGAUUACAAAAGGGAAAUGGAAAAAUAGGUGUCAAAGACUUACACUUGAACUAAUAUGUUAAUAAAGUAUACAUAGAGUAUUGGUGAUGGAUGACAGAUGAAAAUAGGUUAAUUUUUUUUAUUUUCUUCUCUGUUUUAAUUUAAUUUUUAUAACAUUGUGUGAUAUUGGAACAUCUCGAAAAAUGUGGUUAAAAUCAAUGCGAUAAAAAUCUUUAAGUCACUUUUUGUAUAUUGGCUCAGUCGGGUUAGGGAAAAUUAAUGUCCAAAUAUGUUAUGACCAGUGUUUAAUGCGUAUAAUAAGUUCAGUAAAGAAAAUUGUAUGGAGUGAGAAAGUGCUUUUCACAGUAAGAACUAUAGCAAUAAAGUUCAAAUCUAGAUCUGAAUGUUCUUCAUUGGUUAAACUCUUGAUUUUUUCCCAUCUGCAUGAAAUAGAUGUUAUUUUUGCAGAUAACGAACAGGGAAUCCUGAAAACGAAUAAAGUAUGAGAUUCUUGAGGACAUUGUUUCUUGUGCGUCAUUCAGCAGGGUAUUUCUACACAUGUGGCAUAUUUUACUUGACGCAGUCAGACAGUGCUGUUUAUAUACCUGUAUAUCACAAGCGACUUCCUUGUGUACUGUUACGCCAACCCGUGCAUGGUCAAGCGCAAUAUUAUCUGGGCGAUUUUGCAUAGGACACACUCUUCCAGGAAACUUGUGUGAAUUUGCAAGACAAAUGUCCGGAGGUGGGCGGCUGCACAGAGUCCGUUUGUCGAAGUCAGGUCCCGUCAUCCGUGCUGCCGCUCAGUGCUUUGAUGUGACUAUAACCAGAGAAAAGAUACAGUAUUUGUUCUUCGUCUAGCGUAGCAGUGACCGGAUCACACCUCCUGACCGUGGGAAUCGAAAAGAACAUGACACAAAAGUGCCGGAUGACGUGGGUUUUGCUGCUGGGACACCUGUGGAUUUCGCCUGUUUGGGGAAGUUCACAAGGAGGGACCAUUGAUAAAAUUCUCCGAAAUUGUUUGCUUGAUGAUGGAAGGAGAAUUUUUUUUGUUGCCGAUACCUUCAAUGGCUUCGUCAUUGCACAAAACUUUUGGAAUCAGACAGGGGGUGGUGCAGCAAACAACGAAAGUUGCAUUGUAUUUCUGGAGAAAAAUGCAACUGUUACAAGUGACAAAAUGUCGCACAAAGUGUGGCCUCGAAUGGAGACAAAGGGUUCUUCUUAUCUUCUGUACCUCUCAGAGUGGCACAUUGAAAAAAAAUUCAAUGUGUCUGUGCUGCAUGGGAGGCAAUGCAACAGCACCACAACGCCUGACCUCGACGGUUCAAAGUGCGUCUUCAGCCACACUGUCCAAGCGUUUUCAUCCAUAGAACCUUGCCAGGUUAGAUGUAUGAACACAAUGACCAUAUGUAAGGACUCUGACUAUAAUGAAACAAUCUGCAAUAAUAUAGAUCCGGGGAUCAAUGUCGAGUAUGUCGUCAACGUCACGGCAACACGGGAGCACUGCUACAACUGUGACCAACCAGUGAAGAAACCGGGGACGACGUAUACGCUGAACGCAUCCGUUCCAACCGACGGAGGGAGACUGGACACACGCGCAGUCGUUCGAGCCGUGGAGGAAUUUACCAGAUGGGCCGCCUCGUGCAGCGAGUCUUCAGCAGCUUUUAAUGGGGGCGAGGGAGUGGCGGGCGUCAUGGUGAAGAAAACAGACCCUGCAGACGUCACAGACGUCUCCUUUGCUUAUAUGUCUCCCGGGGACAGCGUCAGUAUUGUGUCAAAUUCUUAUCUGCCCACCUUUUCGAGAUCCGUCACGGUGCCACGAGAAGCGUUUGACCAAGCUCUUGCCUCGAACGUGAGCGAGCCGUACGUGGCCAUGUUCAGAUUGCUGAACAUGGCGCAGGAUGAGCGGAACAGCACUGUGUUAGGUGACGAGGUCUUGGCGGUUGAAAUGGGAGCCGAAAUCACGAACCUCACGCAGCAAAUAAACAUCCAUUUUAGGAACAUGACAUACACAGGAACUCCAUCUUGUCAUUCAUGGAACGGCGAAGGCAGUCGACCCAACUGGACCAGUCACGGAUGUCGGACAGUGUUCAAUGGAACAAACGUCUCGUGCGAGUGUACACAUUUGACAUUCUUUGCCAUCCUAAUGUCUCAGAUCGCAGUAAAUGAAACCAUUUCUAGUUCUGAUCUGAAGAACCUCACCAUCAUCACCCAAGCUGGCUGUGGCUUGUCCAUGUUCUUCCUGAGCAUUGUGCUCUUCAUGCACUUCCUUUUAAGGAGGACCAAGGCCACCGACACGUCGAGGAUCCUGGUGCACCUGGUGCUGGCCAUGCUCCUGCUCAACCUCACCUUCCUGACCAACAACUUUGUGGCCGAGCUGAAGAGCGCGGUGGGCUGCAAGAUCAUGGCGGUGCUCAUGCACUACUUCAUGUUGGCCACCUUCAUGUGGUUCGCCGCGCAGGCCUUCCACCUCCGCCUGCAGAUGAACAGGGGGCCCGACGUGCGCAUCCGGCACUACAUGGCCAAAGUGUCCCUCACCUGCUGGCUCAUUCCCAGCGUGGUGGGGAUUGUCCUGCUGUCCCUGGGAAAAUACGGUGAACUAGUCAUCUACACCGAUGACCCCGCCGACAACGUGGCCAUGUGCUGGAUAACGGACGGGAACGCGCAGUACAUUGUCAACAUAGGCUACUAUGCGCUGGUCUUCAUCUUCACCUUCGCCAGCUUCAUCUUCAUCCUGUCCUGGCUCUACUGUCUCAAGAGGAUUAAGGCCGACGCCACACAAGUCAACAAGAGCGGCUCCAGCAUCGUGACCGUCAUGGGACUGUGUUGCCUGCUGGGCCUCACGUGGGGUUUCGCCUUCUUCGCCUACGGUGUCCUUCGGAUCCCGUCCUACUACAUUUUCACGGUCCUCAAUUCUUUUCAAGGUUUCUUCCUGUUCAUUUACUACUACACCACCAGCCACCCGAGGGAGACGAACUCCGGCACGAGCGGAAGUACAAGCUUAGAAGGCACCAGCAGGAUCACCACCAUCCCAGUUGACCUGUUUAACCCCUACGACAACGUGCCAGAGAAAAAAAUGAGUUCGUUGAAGACGUCUCAAGAGUGAUGAAAUGUUCAUGGUCGGCUUGAAGUGUAUGGACUUCAGUGCAAGUACAAAAACAUAGUAAUAUAAUGCUACAAUAAUGUCCUGACAUAUUCAUCAAUGAUUAUUUGUAUUCAAUGGUUAAAUUGUGCAUUAUUUAUGUUGGGUUUUUAUAGUGAGGCUCAGAAAAGUGUAUGUUUCAUAAAAUAUAAUUAAUGACCCUCAGCUUCUUUUAAAUGUACCAACAAAAUAAUUGUAUUUUCAAUGGUAAAAUUGCAAUAUAUAUAUAUAUUUAAAAAAAGACAAAGCUUUAAACCCUGUAAAUCUAAACAUAUACACAAAAUAUAUCCAGUUGUGUAGUUAUAUAACCAGAAUAAAUAAUGUCAAUAAAGUCUACAUGAGGCGAUCUAUACAUCCUGUUGGAGACACAAGAAUACUUAGUGUGUAAAAGCCUGUUUUGACUGAGACGAGGAACAUGAGGAAAUAAGAAAUCAUUUAUUCAUUUUUAGUCUUUAGUUCAAAAACGCACAAUAAACAUCAAUAUAGACACAUUUUAUUUCAAUACUCAUUUCACGGCGAGAUAUUACACGUUUUACAGUAAGAGAGCCUCGGCUUCCGUGAGAGCUCUUUCCAUCUCAGCAGCCUCCAGCGAGAAGUUCUGCCUUUCCUGCAACAUGUGUUCUCGGGCUUUAGCCAGGUCCGUCAUUGUUUUUUGGAUUUCCUACAAGUGUGUAAAAGGAAGGGAUAUUUAAAACACACACACACACACACACAACAACAACAACAACAACAACAAAACACCCCACUUGUGACUUAGUCUCACCUCUAGCUGAGUACGUUGCUGUGUUGCAGUAUCACCAAAUGUUCUUAAUUCGUUCAGCAGGUCUGCAGAGACGCUCUGAGACGGGGACAAGGAAGAGGGUUUGUUUGAAUUGAUGGUAUUCAUAACAUAUGAAGAAAGCCUGUCAUGUGGUUGAAAUAUGUUGUAGUAUAUUGUAAAUUUUGAUUCUUCCUUCACUCUUGGGAUUUGUGGGUUCAUGAGGUAUGGAACAACUAAUACAUUACAUGUUCAUAAUUUACUCUAUAUUCCAGUUUGUAGUAACUUUUGAGAGUUUGUUUCAAAUAUUGCUUUGAUUUUAAGUUUGAUAAAAUUAGACUGAAAUGAAUCUAUACAUUUUUAGAUUUAUACAAUAUCUUGCAAAUGGAUAAAGUAUAUACAUAUAUAUAC